AAUAUAUUGCAAAUAAAAUCCACACUCUAUUCACGGUAGUACGAUUAAAUAUAAUAAAACCACAAAUCUGAGUAAACCGGGAGGAGGCAGUACACAAGCAGAAGUAGACGAAAGAACUUAGCUCAUAUUGCUCUCCAAAGUACAUUCAGUCACCUACCUGACUACUACUAUUACUGAGUGCAUGCUCAAAGGAAGUCCUAUAAACUUGGUCAUAAAAGAAUCUUUGGCAGGAUCAUAAGAAACUCACACGCACACACCCAAGAAGGAAGUUUCAUACGAAAAUAUUUUUGGAACCUUUUUUGGCAACACUGCUUGGCUACCAUGUGCAUUUGAGCAUUGUUACUCGUCAUAUAUCCGGCUAUCUGGUCUCGGUGACCAAGCAAUAAACGUGCCAAGGAUUUUUCGUUGGCCAUAUCUAGCCAACGGGGAAGUCAAGUCAGUUGGAUCUGUACCAACCAAUAUUAUUAUAGCCAUUAUUUGAGUUGUGCAUUCAAGGACAUAACAAUAAUGAGAGCAAUGGCAUUGCUUUAUGGCACAUUACUCGUGGCCAUAAUCUUUAUGGCCGGUGCACAAAGUCAACAAGCUCCACGUCGAGAUGAAACUUAUCCUCCUCCGGAGUUUUUGGCAAAGCUUAAACCAGUCCAUGAUACCUGUGUGGGGAAGACUGGUGUAACAGAGGAGGCAAUUAGAAAGUUCAGUGAUGAGGAAGCUCACGAAGAUGAACUACUCAAGUGUUACAUGUACUGCAUAUUCGAUGAAAUGGAUGUGUUGCAUGAGGACGGUGAAGUACAUCUUGAAAAGGUUUUGGAUAUGUUACCCGAAUCUAUGCAUGACGUAGCAGUGCAUAUGGGCAAAAGGUGCCUUUAUCCCAAAGGUGAUACAGCUUGUGAACGAGCAUUUUGGUUGCAUAGUUGCUGGAAGCGAUCCGAUCCAGUGCACUAUUUCCUGCCAUAAAUCUUUAUGGAUCCAAGGUGCUGAAUAAGCUUGAUGAUUGGCUUGUGCGGAAUGCUGCUGCUGGGCAUGAGAAAACUACUUUGAAUAUGCAUAUUUGUACAAUACUAAAUAUUUUAAGCAAGUAAUGGUAGCCAUAGUCAAUGGAUGAGGAUAUUUGGUAUUAAAUAUGGUAUUAUCUCUAUAAAUAAAAUAUUUGGUGGUCAUUACCACUGGUGCUGGGAUA